AACUUUCUCUUUCGAUAUGAUUCACUCAGUCAGUAAGUCUGAACAAAUGGCCGAACAGGAAGAGCUGCAGCCGCUCAGAUCCCUCCAUUCACUGGAACCCAGCUUCGUCAGCUUCCAGAACAGAUGCAGCUGCCGGGCGGAGGCGUGGUGGCUGGACUUCGCCGGAGCUCCGGUCUCUUACGGGGAGAUCAGCCCCGGCCAGUGGCUGCGGAUGAACACAUAUCAGACACAUCCGUGGAUAUUUAGAGCAUCAGACGGUUCAGCACUUCUUAUAGACUCUCGCGAGGUCUACUUCCCCAGCGCUGCUGAGUAUAGAGAGGAUGGACACCCCCUGUUUCGCACCGUCACUGUCACCAGUCCAGUCUACAGUUUACAGGAAUACUGUUUAAAACUGAUAAGAAAACUGGUGAGAGACACAGAUAUCGACAGACUGGAGAUUCCUGGAUUUCUGAAGAAGGAACUUCACCGCUCUCCUGACUUACUGAGAGACAUUCAAACCCUCAGAGCCCAGAGGAUGAGCAGCUGACCGUGGACUCAGGACUGAAAUAUCCUUACCUCUGAUACAGACAUUCCUUUAUAAUAUAAAAAUGUUAUAUUUAAUCAGUACAAAAUAGCAAAUAGCAUAUUUUUGGCAACUUUAUUCAAAUGCAGAAAUAAGAAACGGUUUACAUUCAAAAUUUUAUUCCAAGGUUUUGCAGGUCAAUGAAUUGUGAGGAUCUGUAAAAUAAGGGACGAUAACAACAUCAAAAAAGAAAUCAUGUGGGAAUAUAUUAUUCUGUUUGUUGUUACUUUGCCUGUUAAACAAUAGAGGUUGUAUUUAUUAAAGGUCAUACAGUGAUGGUGCUGUUAUGGGCACAUGCAUUAAUUCAGAUUGGUAGAGUGGAAGAGACACACAGUCCAAACUGCUCGAGGUCUAGUGUGAAGUUUCAAUCACACAAUCAGUGAUGGUUUGGAGAGACAUGUCAUCUGCUGCUGUUGAUCCACUGUGUUUUAUCAAGUCUAAAGUCUUACAGCACUUCAUGCUUCCCUCUGCUGACAACAUUUAUGGAGAUGCGGAUUUCAUUUUCCAGCAGGACUUGGCACACUGCACACACUUAAAAAGUUCCAAUUGGUCUUAUAUAAUAAUCACAUUUUCUGAAACACUGAUUUUUAAGUCUUUAUUAGAAAGAAAUAAACGCUUUAAAUAGA